CCUGCAGCUGCAGAACACAGACCGUCCGUACCGAGCUGCGCGCUGGAAGCGAAGCGCUGCAGGAGGCAAGACGGCCGACCGAGCCCAGUCGAGCCACGCAUCCGCACCACUGAGAAGGAGCAGGCAGAGGAAGAGGAGGAGGAGGGUGGCGCGGUGAAAGCACCUGCAGGAAUCCAAUCCAGUUGAGAAGUCCGUAAAGAUAGGAGGAAAAAUGCGCUGAAAGGAGAUCUGUCACGAACUCUGUAAUUAACCAAAGAUCUCUUGAGAUAAAUAGGUUGGGAAAAUCCACAAGUGUUUAUUUUUAUUUUUUUAAAGAGGAAAUCCUGCUCGCGAUGAAUACCAACGAUGCCAAGGAGUAUCUGGCACGGAGGGAGAUACCUCAGCUGUUUGAGAGUUUACUGACAGGUUUGAUGUACUACCGGCCCGAUGACCCCAUCGAAUACCUGGAAGGCUGUCUGAAGAAAGUCAGGGAACUCGGUGGCACGGAUAAGGUGCGGUGGGAUACUUUUGUGGGCCAGGAGAGGAAGUCCCUUCCUCCGCUCAAUGGGGGCCAGUCACGCAGGUCUCUCUUCAGAAAUGUGUUGCCCGACAGCCCCAAUUUCCCCUACAGACGGUAUGACCGCCUCCCUCCUAUUAGUCAGUUCUCCAUCGAGAGCGACUCUGACCUGUCGGAGACGGCCGAGCUCAUAGAGGAGUAUGAGGUGUUCGACCCUUCCAGGCCAAGACCCAAAGUCAUCCUCGUCAUUGGUGGCCCUGGCAGCGGCAAAGGAACACAGAGCCUGAAAAUUGCUGAGCGCUAUGGCUUCCAGUACAUGUCUGUGGGUGAGCUGCUGAGGAAGAAGAUGAUCCACAACGCCACCAGCAACAGAAAGUGGAGCUUGAUCGCCAAAAUCAUCACCAAUGGCGAGCUGGCACCGCAGGAAACCACAAUUACCGAGAUAAAACAGAAGAUUAUGAAGAUCCCAGAUGCCAACGGCAUCGUCAUAGAUGGCUUCCCUCGAGAUGUUGGACAAGCUCUGUCCUUUGAAGACCAGAUCUGUACUCCAGACCUUGUGGUUUUCCUGGCCUGCACCAACAGCCGCUUGAAAGAGAGGCUGCAGAAAAGAGCCGAGCAGCAGGGACGACCUGACGACAACCCAAAAGCCAUCGACCGUCGCCUGACCAACUUCAAACAGAACACCAUUCCUCUGAUCAAGUACUUCCAGGAGAGGGGCCUGAUUGUUACGCUGGAUGCAGAUCGAGAUGAGGAGGAGGUUUUCUGUGACAUCAGCAUGACUUUGGAUAACAAGCUGUUUCCCUCCAAAGAGCCCGCCGCUGGCCCAAGCGAGCUGGAUCUCAGUCUGCUGGGGGAAACAAGCAGCCUGGCAGAGGUAGCCUACAAAAACAAUGAGGCUGAUGAAGAGGAGGAGAUUGGGUAUGCUGAAGGAGCCACAGAAAGUUACUGCAAAGAACAGAAGAAACCAAAGGUCAUCUUCAUGAUGGGUGGGCCGGGCUCGGGUAAGGCUCUGCAGUGCGAACGGAUGGAGGAGAGGUUCGGUCUGCGCCGCGUCACCCUGGGCGAACUGUUGUGUAGCGAGCUGCAAUGCCACAGCGAAAGAGGGCGCCACUUGUUGGAUGUUCUGGAGAGAGGAGAGAAAUUGCCAGAGGAGACGCUGCUGGAGCUGCUGAUUGACGCCGUGGCGUCGUCGGUCCAACAGGGAAGGGGUCUGGUGGUCAGCGGCUUCCCCAGAGACCUGAGACAGGCGGAGGAGUACGAGGCGAAGAUGGGGGAACCGAGUGCUGUGGUCCUGCUGAGCUGUUCUCCAGAGACCAUGUACAGCAGGCUUCAGAGCCGUGGGAGAUGUUCCUCCUCCUCAGACAGGGAGAAUGCCCUGCAGAAGAGAGCUCGGAGCUUCUGCAGCAAUGUCCAGGCCAUCAUAGCUCACUAUGAACGUAAAACGCUGCUGCACACGAUUGAUGCCGAACAGUUGCCGCAUGAGGUGUUCGCCCAGAUCUGCCAAGCCAUAGAGUCUUCUAACACCUACUGAUUUUUACGGUUUACACUUUGAUGUUCAGCAGCUCCACCUGUGAAGACCUCCCCCUUCCUCCUUUUCUAUUACCUCCACAGCACUCUCACACCUGCACCAGCUUAAUGAACUCAUAUGGUAUGCAUGCCUCACCUGCAAUCAGUUAUACACCCCAGCCCCUCCUUCAUUGUGCUUCAUCCACUUCCCAUUCCUACCUUCCUCUCUAACUCAUAUCAACCUCAGUAUAUGCUGCCAACUGCCAGACCGAGGCUCAUAACUGUACAGAGAAAACAGUGGUCCCUGCUGCCACUGAGAGCAUGCUGAACGUUUCCACCAGAGGCCAAGCAAGAGCAGAAAUGUCUCCGUGUUCAUUCUCAUGCUCAGCACUUUGCUUUGUAUCGUAACAAGCAUGCAGAUCUAACAGUUAAAGCUUAAAACUACCUUUUGUGCAUUAAAUAAAAAGCAGCGGCAUAUUAAGAGUAUUAGGAUUACUGCAUUUGUAUGUUUUACAAGCUCAUUGUACGGGUUCUUGUUUGAGUCUGGUGUCUGACAUUCCAAUAAAGCCAGUGUGUUUGAGUA